AUGAAUCCCCAAGCGAGCGAGUUUGUUCCCUCAUGGCUCGCGCAGCCGGCCGACGAGCCGAAACCACAAGUCAACGACAAGCCGCAGGGAUCUUGGGAGGACGACCCCACGGAUUCCCCGCCCACGGAAGCCCUCGCAAAAGCCGCCAUCUCCGAGGUCAAGUCGGAACACACCGCCGCAGCAUCGGAAGCCCCACCCGCGAAAGCUGAGCCCACAAGGCCCAAGGCUCCCGUGGAAAACACAUCCCAGAACGAGGUGGAUCUGGGGGCCUUUGAUUUGGAUCAGAAGAAGCCGCUGAACGUCGUGCUGCUCGGGCAUGUCGACGCGGGGAAGAGCACUAUAUCGGGGCAUAUUCUCGUGCUCACGGGCAAUGUGGACGAGCGUACGAUGGAGAAGUACGAGAAGGAGGCCAAGGCAUUAGGACGAGAGAGCUGGAAGUUUGCCUUCGCACUCGACACGUCGGAGCAGGAGAGGGCGAAAGGAAAGACUGAGGAGUGCGGACAGGCUAGCUUUACAACGGAGACGAGGCGCUUUACCAUACUAGAUGCACCCGGUCAUAAGAACUACGUGCCGCAUAUGAUCGGUGGGGCGAGCCAGGCGGAUAUCGGCAUUCUCGUGAUUUCAGCGAGGAAGGGCGAGUUUGAGACAGGAUUCGAAAGAGGGGGGCAAACAAGAGAGCAUGCGAUGCUGGCAAAGACUUCGGGCGUUAGGCAGAUGGUUGUUGUAGUGAACAAGUUGGAUGACACGAGCGUGCUCAACCCCGAUGGUUCGUGGAGCGAGGAGAGGUUUUUAGAGUGCAAGACGAAGCUGGAGCCAUACUUGAAGCAAGUCGGGUGGAACUCGAAGGGCUUGGUUUGGAUCCCGGUGUCUGGCAUAACGGGCCAGAAUUUGAAGGAUAAGGUUCCAAGUUCGACGUGUUCAUGGUAUGAUGGAGAACCGCUUUUGGAUGUACUGGAGAACCUACGUCCGCCGGAGAGAUUGCUAUCGGGGCCAGUCAAGAUGCCGAUUUCGGAGAAACACAAGGAGAUGGGAACAAUGGUAAUGGGUAAGCUCGAGUCCGGAGUCAUUAAGGUUAACGACAGGCUCGUUAUGAUGCCGAAUCGUGUUGAAGUGCUCAUAGAUUCGCUCCAGCUCGAGGGUUCGACCGCGCAAGCGGCGGAGCCAGGGGAUGUUGUUCGCCUCCGGUUAAAGGGUAUUGAAGAGGAGGAUGUCCGGGUCGGGUUUGUUUUGUGCUCAUCAACGGACCUUGUUUCUUACACACACUCUUUUAUUGCACGAUUGAUGGUGUUAGAGCAUAAGAGUAUCAUCUGCGCAGGAUACUCCGCCGUGAUUCAUAUUCAUUCUGCUGUUGAGGAGUUCACCGUGUCUAAGCUGUUGGCUGAGUUGGACAAAAAGGGUAAGGCAAAGCAAAAGAAUCCCAAAUUUGUCAAGCCCGGCAUGAGGUGCUUAGUACAGUUGAAGAUGUCGCAGCCCAUCUGCGUCGAGCCGUACGAUGUAUUCCCACAACUCGGACGAUUUAUGAUCCGUGACGAGGGCAAAACAGUUGCCGUGGGUACAGUAGCGAGGUUGAUAUCUGAUUCCGACAGACCAGACGGGUCGAACAGAGAUUAAAUCGCUUAGCAUUGACUCGAUAAUGUAACUUGACAGACGCAUCUUAAUAUUCUGAUUAGUAGGAAAAUUCCAACAACUGUUUCUGCUUUUGCAGCCGGUGCCAGAACUACCUCUUAACGGCAGCCGUAAAAGUGUUGGGAAGCC